UCAAGACUUCGUGUAUUUCAGUGGAUUAAUAAUUUCAAAUCACAGGCAACUUCUCAGACAGACUUGUCUUUAACAUCACGUUCUCUCUGUACACAGACCCAGAACCUGUGAUUCCUGAGAGCUGUGAGGACUCGACUGAUUACUAGAACCGAUAAGUCAAACUGCUAACAUGGGAGCUGUCCUAGCUAUAGUUAUUGACGUGGUUGUGGCAGGAGUAGCUGCUGUAGUUGAAGCUGCUGCUACAGAAGCUGCUGCAGCACUUGUAGAAGUUGGAGUGGAGUCUAUUGUGGAGGCUGGAGAAGCUGCCGCCGCCGCAGCAGAGGCAGCAGCAGAAACUGCCGCAGAGGCAGCGGCCGAAGGUGCAGCCGAGGCAGCGAGUGAAACAGCAGCUGAGAUCGCAUCCAGCACCGCAGCACAAAUUGCAGCAAAGAUUUUGACCUAUGUAGCCAAGCUUAGCAAACUUAUAAAAGAAACAUUUGAAAUCGAUGCCAUUUUCAAAGCUGCAAUAGAUGUUUUAAAACUAAUGUUGAGUGAUCCUUCAGUUGCCGAAAAAUACAAGAAGCUGGAGAGAGCUGUGACUAUUUUGGAAACACUCAACCAGAAGAUGAAUGAAAUCAUGAAAUGGCUGGAGGACCAUAAGAAUGACUCCGUUGAACUCGAGGGAAUUGAUGUCCCCUUGGAGUCAGGAAUCCUGGCCAAGUUCCUUCAACAACUCUCAAUGGCUCUGGGGAACAUGAAGCGACUAGCAGACGACAUCAACCAACUCAACCAGAGCAAACAACCAAUCAAAGAUGCCCAGAUUAUAACCAUAAACCGCAGCAUGAUCCGUAUUGUGUCAACAUUUGAGUCUCUCGCCCAGUUCAAAGAAGAAAAUCAAAGCAAAAUCGCUGCAUUGGCAUCACUUCCUGUCAGCGUGGAGGAAGCGGAGGAGUGGAAGCGUGAGCUGGGUUCUGAUGGUGGUCCUACUCUUCAGCUCUUACAUCUUACCAUGUACAAAUACAAGUAAAAGGGCAUGGACUGUCCAGAACCAGAAGCGUAAAAUGGUGUCCUGAUUCACUGCCUGUUGUUUCAAUCAGUAUAUACACAAUUCUGAUGAUUUUAUUGUUUUUAAUCAGUAUAUUCUUAGUUAGUUAGUAUUGUUAUAAUUAACUAGUUGGAUUAGGUUAAGAAGUCAAUCUUUUAAUUCUCUGAUAUUUCGGUGUGGCGGUACUGUUUUCAGAUUCCUUUGUGUACGGAAAAUUCAAAGGUAAAAUAAUAAUUUCUAUAACAAUUGCAGUAAAUGUUUUUUUGUUGUUGUUCAUUCUGGAUUAAUGUUAAAAAUAGAAAAAGAGAGAAAAAGAGAAUAUUUAAAAUUCUCUGAUCAUCAUAUGAUAAUCCUUAUGUUAUUCCUUAGUGUGUAUCCACUAACCUGUGUUAGAAAAGAUGCACCAAUGUUCAAGGACAUGUGUGUGUGUGUGUGUGUGUUAGUGUUAGUGUUAGUUUGCUAAAAGACUUCCUUUAUACUCAUAUCAAACACCAGAUGGAUGAGCUGUAGAGUGUCCUUGUUUUGAAAGUGUAUAAAACACUUUGUGUCAAGAUGGAGUCUGGCUCUUGUUACUUUUUUUGUAAUAAAAGUCUCAUUUAUUUUUGCCAACAAAAA